CAACUAAUUCAACAUUCAAAUUAAAUAGCAUCAAAACUUGUGUGAAUUAGUUUUCCUUCCAAAACAAUCAUGCAAAGGAAGAUCCUUGGAUAUCCACAACAACAAUGCUAUGGUACUGAUGAUGGCAUGUGGAUGGAAACUAAGGCUCAACAGCUACAAAGCCAUGGAUAUCCACAACAAUUCCAAGGCAUGCACAUGAAACCAGGUGGUUUUGGCAAGGAAUAUGAUCACUCCAUGUCAAACCAUCAUGGCGGCCAUGGCUUAGGAGGAAACCAUAACAUGUAUCAUCAAGAUACCAUGUCUAAUGGCUAUGGUAAUAAUCAUGGUCAUGGCUAUGGUAACAAUCAUGGUCAUGGUGGUGGCCAAAAAUUCCCUUUUGGUGCCAAUUCUCAUUCACCUAAUCAUUUUCCAAAUGGUGGCGGUGUAAGGCCAUUUAGUCACGGUGGUGGUCACGGUGGCCAGGAAUAUGUGUCGGAACAUGAUGACUAUGAAUAUGAAACUUACAAAGAGGAGCAUGUUAGUUCUGGCGGCGCGAAGAUGGAUGAAAUGAGAUAUGAGAGGCAUGGAACUUAUGGAGGAGAUGUUCAGUAUGCUAAUCCAUAUGGAUACAAUAAUAAUAACAGGAUUAAGCCUCAUGGUCAUGGAAGCCACAAAGUCAAUUGGACACUAAAAGGGGUCUAAUUAAUAUGUUUGGUUACUUUUAAUCAAGUACUAAUAAAUUGUGUGCUUUAUUUGGUGUUUUCUUAUUGUAAUAAGAUCAUUAUAAUCAUUAUAUAUGAUCAAUAUUACCUGUUAUGAGUUAUGAAGCUAUGAUAUAUAAUGGAGUUUUAUAUUUAUGAUA